AUGAGGACAGCAAAAGAGCAGUUAAGCAGUUGUCGUCUCUUAGACGCUUAUGGUGAUACUGGGUCAGUUAUAGCAAAUGAAAUUCGAGAUCCUGGAUUAAGAAUGGUAAACUUAUUACAGUACAAGGAGAGAUUCGAAGCAGAGCAUUCAAAUACUUCCGUCAAUAAUCAAAAGCGUAAAAGCGCACAUCUGAAUCAAAAUUAUGGGCUGAGAGAUCUGGAAACUGCUUAUGGUCCCUUGCAAUGGGGGCUUUCGGUUUCAAAUUUUGUAAAUUCUCCUAAUAGAAAUAUGAUCACUUCGGGUCCCAGGAGAACUUCUAGUUUCAAGGCAAAAAGGAUAAUUUCUUCUAUGGUAGAGGUAGGGCAAUCCGAUGCUUUUAAAGAUCCCCUAAAUCUACUUAGUGAAAGGCUGUGGGGCAAAGUGUCUCAAGGGAGAUCUGCGGGCGAUACCGCUGAAAAAAUUCAUAGUGUACCACCGAACCAUCAAGAAAUUGAUCUAUUAGACACAGGAGAAAUUGAUCUUGAUGGUUACGUUUCUAAUGUAGAUCAUGAAUCUGAUGUUUUAGAUGACAGCCAAAGUGAACCCGAAAUAUUAAUUAACUCCGAUUUGGUUCCUAGCAGCAGAUCUCAUUUGAAUGACGAAACGAAAAGUUCAGAUAUAAAAUCUGAUAGUAUUCAAUUCGAGAGACUUAUUCAAGGUAAUCGCAUAACGUGCGUUCGUAGUGAAAAUGUGACUUACAAUGAGAACGAUAGAAUAUUACCGGUAGAUGAAAAGAAAUAUCGUUUCCCACUCUUGGAUCCAAACUCGCGAUUUGAGCAUAAUGGACACCCCAAUAAAUCUAUCGGAAACAAUCCAAUUUUGCCUCCAGCUCCCCAUCUCCAAGACAAGUGCCCCAAGGAUGGAAAUUCGAAGGAGAAUGACUAUUGGGCUGAAGAAAAAAGUACUGAGUAUAUUAAAAAGGACAUGAAUCGAUAUAGUGAUAUGAAUGAUCUCAGGGAAGACAAUAAACGAAAAAGGAAAGCAUCAUUGGGAGAAAUCUGUUCCAAAACUAAUAGAAAUAAGCUUCCUCUCAGGGUAGGAUUAUCACGAAGGAACAAAGUGGAGCCAUUGCAUGAUUAUUUAAAAAAAUAA